CAGGGGGGCCGCCUUCGGCACCCUCCAUCCCCGGCGCGGGCGGGGGGCCGGCCCCUUCCCGCGGGGGCAGGCGGCGGCGCCCCUGCCGUGUGACAGCCGGGGGGGGACGCUGCUGCCUCGGCGAGCCCGGCUGCGGCGGCGGCGGCGGCGGCGGCGGCGGCGGCUGCAGCCAUGUGUUUCCCCGCCUGCCCGUGACACAAUAACACGGGAAGCGGAGCAAGGGGGGGGGAUCCGAGCCUGCCGAGGGGAAAAGUGACCUGCCCCGCUCAGGUGAGCCGAGGCGGCGGGGGGAGGCUGCCGCUGUCCCCCGCCUCCCCCACAAGCCCCGCAGCCGCCGGGGCCGGGCGGAGGCGCCCCUCGGAGGUGCCGGCGGGAGCAGCGCGGCCGGGGGGGCGGCGGGCCCCCGGCCCCCCUCAGCCGGCGGUGCUGUGCCCGCAGGCCGGCGGCGAUGGAGGAGGGCAUGAGCAGCAUGCAGCAGAAGGCGGCGGAGCUGGAGCACAUGGCCGAGGUCCUGCUAACCGGCGAGCAGCUCCGGCUCCGACUGCAUGAAGAAAAGGUCAUUAAAGAUCGGCGGCACCACCUCAAGACAUACCCGAACUGCUUCGUUGCCAAAGAGCUGAUCGACUGGCUGAUUGACCAUAAAGAGGCCUCCGACCGAGAGACAGCAAUUAAACUGGUGCAGAAAUUGUUGGAUCACAGCAUUAUCCACCAUGUCUGCGAUGAGCAUAAGGAAUUCAAGGAUGUCAAACUGUUCUACCGCUUCAGAAAAGACGACGGGACAUUUCCGCUGGACAAUGAGGUGAAGGUCUUCAUGAGAGGACAAAGACUAUAUGAGAAGCUGAUGAGUUCUGAAAAUACUCUUCUGCAAGCCAGGGAAGAGGAAGGAGUCAAGUACGAACGGACCUUCGUGGCAUCGGAGUUCAUUGACUGGCUGAUCCAGGAAGGAGAGGCCAUGACACGGACUGAAGCAGAGCAGCUUGGCCGCAGACUUUUGGAGCAUGGGAUUAUACAGCACGUGUCCAACAAGCACCAUUUUAUGGACAGCAACUUGCUCUACCAGUGUAGAAUGAAUUUCCGCCGGCGGCGGCGAUUAAUGGAGCUUCUCGCUGAGAAAUCUCGCUUGAUGCCAGAAAGCCAUGACAGCCCAUUUUGCCUGCGCAAGCAGAACCAUGACAACAGAAAACACACCAGUUUUCUCUCAGUGAGUCCCACCAAGGAGAUAAAGAUCGUGUCAGCAGUACGGAGGAGCAGCAUGAGUAGCUGUGGCAGCAGCGGGUAUUUCAGCAGUAGCCCAACGCUCAGCAGCAGUCCCCCCGUCCUCUGCAACCCCAAAUCUGUAUUAAAGAGGCAUGUGACUGCUGAUGAGCUCUUGAUGCCUGGAGCCCCAUACGUAAGAAAAACUUUUACGAUUGUCGGUGAUGCGGUGGGCUGGGGCUUUGUGGUGCGGGGGAGCAAGCCCUGCCACAUCCAGGCUGUGGACCCCAGCGGGCCAGCAGCUGCAGCUGGGAUGAAGGUUUGCCAAUUUGUCGUCUCUGUCAACGGCCUCAAUGUCCUCCACGUGGACUACAGGACAGUGAGCAACCUCAUCCUGACAGGCCCUCGAACGAUUGUGAUGGAAGUGAUGGAAGAAAUAGAGUCCUGAGAAGGAAAAAAACCUCUUGCUGGACAUUUUUGUGAGAGAAAUAGCGACGACCGUGGAGCGGCAUGACACAAGGAGGCAGGACAUUGCUGUGUGUCUAAAUAGAUAUGGUUUUGCUUUUAGGGGAGGGGGGAGUCUCUUUCAUUUAACAAUAAUAGCACUGGUGAUUAUGCUAAGAAGUGAACAAUUGAUACCAGCAUAUUCUCACUAGGGACUUUUCUUUGCCUGAUGGAGACAUGGUUAAGGCCUUUAGGUUGUCUGUCGAGCCAUGUCUACAUCGGUUAGAAUGGCUUCCCACCUAAAAGGCCGUGCAGACUUCCUCACAGGCUGCCGCUGGAUCAAAGCGCUUCAGGAGAUGAAAGAACCAAAUACUGUGGGGUCAGGAUGUCACAGAUGGUUUGCAUGACAUAUUUAUGUUGGUAAACAUCCUCCUGGUGUCCAGCUUUGUCCCAGGAGCAUGUGCUGCUGCAGUUGCUCUCUCCUUGGGCCGAGGGACAGCUGACUAAAUGCUGGCUUGAUUGCAAUCAAACACAAAUGAACUGCAAAUGCAUGAAAAAAAUUGUGUUAAUUCUCUGUAGGAAAUACUCUGGUAUGAAUGUUUGGGUUUGACCAAUUGGGUCGAACGUUUCAGUUUGAUCAAAUGGGUCAAAUGUUUGGUUUUGACAGAUUUUUCUAGAAUGAAAAAUGUAAGACCAUGAAAAUGGAAAAGCAUGCAGUCCUUUUGCAAAAUCUGGCCUUUGAAAAUUUGUUUAUAUUCCUACACACUGGUUUAGGUGCUCAAAUAUAAAGCCUUGAUAUUUUUUGUUCCUUUUAUGUAAAGGAAAGGUGUCUCCGUCUUGUCAUUUAUCACUUUGCAAAAUUUUAGACACCUUUAUUCCUAGAAGAAGAUAAUUUGGUAGGUUGAAGUGGGAAAAUCACAGUCUUAGCAUUAGCAGUGGUACAUCUAGAUGCUCCAGCAGAGAGCUUCAAUUGAACUUCAAAUUGAAGCAAUGUACUUGAAUGUACAUUAAGCUUGUCAGCACUUUCCAAUCAUCAAAUGUUUUGCAAACUACAGACUUGCCACGAGUUGCAUUUGACACUAUUACUAAUAAAACAUUGUAUUUAACUGACUCUUUGUCAAACAGUAGGAUUUCUUCACUGAUGAAUUCAUGAAACAAAUCUUUCCUAAAAAUGUAUAUACAAAUGCCCUAUUCUGCUGAGUUAGGUGACUCCUCAGCUCGAUGGUAGUUGGAUUGCACGGGUUUUCUUUGAUAUUUGAACUGAAUACAUACAUCUUUGUCCACAAAAUUAUAAAUAUAUAUUGCAGACUUUCUCUGCUGUCUAAAAUUUUCAAUUAAAGCUUGACUUUCUAUAUAAGCAUACCACAAAUCCUUCAAUUAUGGGGUGGGGAAAGUAUUUUUUCCUCAAAUAAUUUUGGAAUAUAUUUUAUAUUAAAAAUUGUUCUCACUAAAUA